AUGGCGUCUGCCCCGCAUCCCACUUCUGGCGCCGCCAACCCCUCGCCAAAGACGACAUUCACCAUUGGCACUCGCAAGUCGAAACUCGCUCUUUUGCAGACGGAUCUCGUCCAGGCGGCUCUGCAGAAGGCAUGGCCUCAAUAUUCGUUCCGGAUUCACUCGCGCGAAACCGCAGGUGACCAGAACACGACAAUCGCGCUCCGAGACUUCACAACCAAGAAUCUCUGGACUCAGGAAUUGGAAGAUUUGCUGAUUGCGGGCGACGUGGAUUUAAUUGUUCAUUCUCUGAAAGAUGUUCCGACCCUCCUCCCUCCUUCAUGCACGCUGGGCCCUAUGUUGAAAAGAGAAGAUACGCGAGAUGUGCUGGUUGUGAAGAAAGGGCUUUCGUACAAAAGCCUCGAUGAUUUGCCCGCGGGUUCCGUUGUGGGAACCUCCUCGAUCCGUCGGACCGCACAGCUUGCGCGCAGAUACCCUCACUUGAAAAUUAUCGAUGUUCGCGGAAAUAUUGGCACCCGACUGGCAAAAUUGGAUGCUGAAGAUGGGCCCUUCACUUGCAUCAUCUUGGCAGCUGCAGGUCUCCUGAGAUUGGGUCUCCAAGACCGAAUCACUCAGUACCUGGACUCCAAGAAUGGGGGCAUGUUGUAUGCAGUUGGCCAGGGUGCUCUGGGAAUUGAGAUCCGCAAGGAUGACCCUCUUAUGCAUGAGAUGUUGAAGAACAUUGGUGACGACGAAACGACGUUCGCCUCUCUGGCUGAACGGAGCUUGCUGCGAACCCUCGAAGGCGGCUGUAGUGCCCCGCUGGGUGUCGAAUCGGAAUGGAUCCCGUCGUCUGGGUCGUCGCGGAAACUGAGAAUGAGGUCUAUUGUUGUCAGUGUUGACGGAAAGGAAAGCGCCGAAGUCGAGGUGGAUGGUGAUGUGGAUUCUGUGGACUCCGCCGAAGCAUUUGGCAUCAAGGUGGCCAACGCUUUGGUUGAGAAAGGCGCCGGGAAAAUCCUCGAAGAGAUCCAACGGAACAAACAGUCUUCGUAG